GUAAAAUACUGUCAAACGGUUAUCAGCAUCAUACAAAUAAUUUAAAAGUUAACGUUCUUAAAAAAAAAAAUGAAGGUUCAAGAAUAUGUUCUUCCAAUUUUUGCCGCUAUUUCAUUUUGGGCGGUGCCAAUUGCUGCAAGGGGUUCCCAAGGGUUUCCCUAUGAGUCUCUCGACUGGCCGACGUCGGCCGACAUUUCUGGAUCGUCACCCACAGGAUGCGACAAAUCGUCAUCCACCGGAUACGACAAAUCGUCGGAGGAGGAUAACUGCGAUGGAACCUCGUGCGGCAACAUUUACAAAUAUACCGCAAAAAAACCUAACGGACAGAACGUUUGUUUGAAACAAUACGUCGGAAAAGUGUUGAUCGUUGUGAAUUACGCGUCAGCGUGCGGUUUCACAUACGACAACGUAUGCACUCUGUCGGAAUUUGCCCAAAAGUACAGGAAAUGUGGCUUAGAGAUACUGGUAUUCCCCAGCAACGACUUCUUACAGAACAUCGGUGGGAAUAUCGCAGCCGAAGAGCUCGCAAAUAAUCAUCCUGAAUUUGAAGUAUUUUCGGAAAUUUGUGUAAAUGGCAGAGCACAACAUCCGGUGUACAGAUUUCUCAAGUAUAAAUUACCGGGUCCUUUCAACACAAAAACUAUUAAAUGGAAUUUUACCAAAUUUGUAGUAGACAGGAAUGGAUGUCCCGUUCAACGAUAUGAGGCGACAGACAGUUUCAAGGACAUAGAAGAAUUAGUACAAGAACUGUUGAAGGACCAAUGCUGCUAAUGUUACGUAAAUUCAGUAUCGUCCAACUCAAUUUUCUAUUAUAUCCAGAUUCCACCUGACAUACAAUGCUUGUAUUAUGUUAUUAUAUAAAAACGUUAUUAUUCAAUCGUGCUUUUAACUAUAAUUUUGUUUUUGUUAAAUGUAUUGCGUUAUAUUAAUAAUUUAAAAUGAAGGUAUAAAAAUAAUUAUUUUGACUUUUUUUACAGUUAAAAUGUAUUACACUAACGAAUAAUACUUGUGUUUUAUAAUUAAAAGAUUUGUUUCAAAAUUGUGUGGGAUGGAUUUUAUUAAAUAAAAAUUAUUAAGUUUAGAC